UUGCGCCUCCUUUCGUCGGGUCGGGUGAGUGAGUGGUGUGCGAUCUCCAAGUUUUCAGACUGGAAAGAGCCCGGGACGCAGAGCCCGAGCUCAGAGGACUGGCUGACUAGUCGAGAGGAGGACCGGCAACAGGCACGUUUACCAGUCAGCAGCAACAAUCACUUUGGGAAAUAAUAGCAGCAACAGCAGCAGCAACAGCAGGAACAGCAGCAGCACCGUCCCACCGGUGCUUGAACAUGGAAAUACAAUAAGAAAAAGGACUCGAGCAAACUUCAGUCUAAGAGGCGUUUCGAGUCUCUCAGGAGGCUCCUCUUUUCUGUCAACAUGAAAGACGAUUUUGCAGAGGAGGAGGAGGUACAGUCCUUCGGUUACAAGAGGUUUGGUAUUCAAGAAGGAACACAAUGUACCAAAUGUAAAAACAACUGGGCCCUGAAGUUUUCUAUCAUACUAUUAUAUAUUCUGUGUGCCUUGCUAACAAUCACAGUAGCUAUUCUGGGAUACAAAGUUGUAGAGAAAAUGGACAAUGUCACAGGUGGCAUGGAGACAUCACAUCUAAGAUACAAUGAGAAACUCACAGAAGUGGAGAGUGGUCUGAAGAAAUUAGGAGACCAAACUGGGCAGAAAGCUGUAAGCACCAAUACAGAACUUUCCUCCUUCAGAUCGGAUAUUCUGGACCUCAGACAACAACUUCAUGAGAUUACAGAGAAAACCAGCAAAAAUAAAGAUACCCUAGAAAAGUUACAGGAGAGUGGGAAUCUACUGGAUGACAGGCAGAGUCAAAUGAAAGAAACACUGGAGAAUAACUCUUUCCUGAUCACCACUGUCAACAAAACCCUCCAAGCUUACAAUGGCUAUGUCAAUAAUCUGCAGCACGACACAAGUGUUCUCCAAGGGAACUUACAGAGCCAAAUGCAUUCCCACAAUGUGGUCAUCAUGAACCUAAACAACCUGAAUCUAACACAAGUGCAGCAAAGGAAUCUAAUUAGCAGUCUGCAGAGGUCUGUGGAUGACACAAGCCAAGCUAUCCAGCGGAUUAAGAAUGAUUUCCAAAAUCUGCAACAGGUUUUCCUUCAAGCAAGGAAGGAUACUGAUUGGCUUAAGGAGAAAGUUCAGAACUUGCAAAUGCUGGCUGCCAACAACUCUGCCUUAGCCAAAGCUAACAAUGAUACUCUAGAGGACAUGAAUAGCCAACUUAACUCUUUCAAUGGUCAACUGGAUAAUAUCACUACUAUCUCACAAGCCAAUGAACAGAAUCUGAAAGACCUUCAAGACUACCACAAAGAGUCGGAGAAUAGAACUACCACCAAGUUUAAUCAGCUAGAGGAACGAUUUCAAAUCUUUGAAACAGAUAUAGUUAACAUUAUUAGCAAUAUCAGCUACACAGCCCACCAUUUGAGGACGCUGACCAGCAACCUGAAUGAUGUCAGGACAACUUGUACAGACACCUUAACCAAACACACAGAUGACCUAACUAGUUUGAACAAUACAUUGGCCAACAUUCGUUUGGAUUCUACAACUCUCAGGAUGCAGCAGGAUGUCAUGAGAUCGAGAUUAGAUAUUGAAGUCGCCAACUUGUCUGUGAUCAUGGAAGAAAUGAAGCUGGUAGAUUCCAAGCAUGGUCAGCUCAUCAAGAAUUUUACAAUACUACAAGGCCCUCCUGGUCCCCGGGGACCUAAAGGUGACAGGGGACCCCAAGGACCUCUUGGCCCAACUGGCAAUAAAGGACAAAAAGGAGAAAAGGGAGAGCCAGGGCCUCCAGGCCCAACAGGUGAAAGAGGCCCAGUUGGGCCAAUCGGCCCUCCAGGAGAUAAAGGCAGUAAGGGCUCCAAAGGAUCCCCAGGACAAAAAGGACAAAGAGGAUCCCCCGGGAAGACUGGGCCACCGGGACCAAGUGGAGACCCAGGCCCUCCAGGCCCCGCUGGCAAGGAUGGUGCUCCAGGCCCCCAGGGUCCUCCUGGCUUCCAAGGAUUACAGGGCACUGUGGGAGAGCCUGGAGUUCCUGGUCCCCGGGGACUUCCUGGACUACCUGGUGUGCCGGGCCUGCCAGGUCCAAAGGGCCCCCCUGGUCCCCCAGGUCCCUCAGGAGCAAUGGCUCCACUUGCUCUACAGAAUGAACCUACACCAGCACCAGAGCCUAAUGGAUGUCCCCCUCACUGGAAGAACUACACAGACAAAUGCUACUAUUUUUCAACAGAAAAAGAAAUUUUUCAUGAUGCAAAACUUUUCUGUGAAGACAAGUCUUCACAUCUCAUCUUCAUAAACACAAGGGAAGAACAGCAAUGGAUAAAAAAGCAGAUGGUGGGAAGAGAUAGCCUCUGGAUUGGUCUUACAGAUUCUGAACAGGAAAAUGAGUGGAAGUGGCUCGAUGGAACUAUCCCAAAAUAUACAAACUGGAAAACUGGGCAACCUGAUAACUGGGGUCAUGGCCAUGGACCAGGAGAAGACUGUGCUGGACUAAUCUAUGCUGGGCAAUGGAAUGAUUUCCAAUGUGAGGAUAUUAACAACUUCAUUUGUGAAAAAGACAGGGAGCCAGCAUCAACUUCUACAUUAUAAUAAGCUGUGAAAUGACAGAUAUGGACACAAAUUCUGGAUAUUUCCCAAAAGCAAAGGAUGUGCCUUUUUUGACUAGAUCACUUUCUCACCCCAUGGAAAAAGAAAGCACUGAAAACUGGUUCAACAAAAAAUCCUGCUGCAAAUUUUUCUUCCCUCCCAUCAUUACUCAAGGACUUGGGACCUAGUUGAUGGUCAGUGCAUAGCUGGAUGGAAUCCCAUAAUCUUUCUCAGCCAAUAACCAACCAAGUAUGUGAGUUCUCACUUCAGAAGCACAGGGAUACUCCAUUCUGAAUGAAUGCUUGUUAUUCAGCUAUAGGAAAAGCUUAAACAUCUACUGUGUAAACAGUGUGUUACAUUUGCUAAAAUCCCAAAUGUAGGAAAAUUAUACA